AUGGCUCCGCGAAGACAAGGCGCGACCGGUGAACGGGAGACAGAAGAAAGUCACGGGUGCUGCGUACCUAGCGAAUGCCUACGCCCCCGGGAAUCCGUACGCAUUGAAGACGCCGUUCGCGUGCUUUGCAGCAACGACACGUGCCCUGCCGGCCGGCAUAUGCACAGAGAAUGUUUCGAUCAAUGGGAAGCAGGCGUCCUGGCUUACCUCAAGUCCUGUGGCCGAGCUCGAUCGUGGUCUGAGAGGCAAAGGCAUCAGAAUCUAUGGACCAAGAAGGGUUACGACUUGGCAUUCAAAGCUUGCGGUUGCCGGUGCGGGCGUGGACACUUGAAGAAAGAUCUUGAUUGGUCUCCGCCUGGCUCGGCAAUACGGGCUGAAGAAGAUAAAAAGAAACGAAGGCGUCCAAGAUCGAGCCGUACACCAGCUGCUAUCGAUGUUCGCUCGAGGGCCUUCAGCUUGUCUAGUUCUGGCUCCUGCUCGCCGCCUUCCGCACCUUCGGAACCAUCCACGAGCCCUACUCACGCUCCGCCUAACCCGUUGACACCCGCAAAGAGAAAUUCUAAACAUGAAAUCGUAUCCGACAGGAUCAGGUGA